CCACAGAUGGACACAAAAUCUGAGCUCUUGGAAGAACUGCGUCUCUACCAGCAAACUCUCCUCCAGGAUGGACUCAAAGACAUGUUGGACCACAAUAAGUUUCUGGACUGUGUCUUAAAAGUCAAGGGGAAGGAGUUUCCCUGCCAUCGGCUGGUGCUGGCAGCUUGCAGCCCGUAUUUUCGAGCAAUGUUCCUCUCAGACAUGGAAGAGAGCAAGAAGAGGGAGGUUAGUUUGGAAGAUGUUGAUCCAGACGUCAUGGGCAAGAUCCUCCAUUACAUCUACACCUCUGAGCUGGAGAUCACAGAGCAGAACGUGCAGGACAUCUUCUCUGUGGCUAACAUGUUCCAGAUCCCCUCCAUCUUCACUGUCUGCGUGUCCUUCUUGCAGAAGCGGCUCUGCCUCAGCAACUGCUUGGCUAUCUUCAGGCUGGGCUUGAUGCUGGAUUGUGCCCGGCUAGCUGUGGCAGCUCGGGAUUUCAUCUGCGAUCGCUUUGCUCUGGUCUCUCGAGACGAGGAGUUCUACCAGCUUUCACCCGAUGAGCUUAUUGCAGUCAUCUCCAGUGACUCCCUCAACAUCGAGAAAGAGGAGACUGUCUUCGAAGUAGUGAUGAAGUGGGUGGGGACCAAGGACCAUGAGAGCCGGCGGAAGGCCUUGCCUGUCAUCUUUGAAAGCAUCCGCUUCCGCCUCAUGCCCAACGACUACAUCAAGGAUCACGUGGAGAAGCACGCCAUGGUGAAGUCCAGCCCGGAGCUGCUCAAGAAACUUCAGAUGGUGAAAGAUGCCCAGAAAGGCAAAUUCACUGUGGUGAAGAAGAAGAAAGUGAAGAAAAGCAGUGAAAAGGAAGCGAAAGACAAUGUUGUCAAUGGAGCAGUAGAAGAGGAGGAGGAUACAGAGGAGGAUGCUCUCCCAGGGAUCUUAAAUGACACAAUGCGCUUUGGGAUGUUCCUCCAGGACCUUAUUUUCAUGGUGAGCGACAGUGGAGCAGUGGCCUAUGAUCCCACUGCCAAUGAGUGCUAUUUUGCCUCCAUGUCUACUCAAAUCCCAAAGAACCACAUCAGCCUGGUGACCAAAGAGAAUCAGAUCUUCAUUGUCGGAGGACUGUACUACAACGAGGACAGCAAAGAAGAUCCCAUGAGUUCCUACUUCCUACAGUACGACCAUCUGGACGCAGACUGGCUGGGGAUGCCCCCCCUGCCCUCCCCUCGCUGCCUCUUUGGCCUAGGAGAGGCAGAAAACUCCAUUUUUGUGGUCGGAGGGAAAGAACUGAAAGAGGGAGAAAAGACCUUGGACUCGGUCCUGUGCUAUGACCGGCUGUCCUUCAAGUGGGGUGAAGCCGAUUCCCUUCCCUAUGCAGUCUACGGCCACGCGGUGGUAUCACACAAGGACCUCGUCUAUGUCAUUGGGGGCAAAGGAAGUGACAAGAAGUGCCUGAAGAAGAUGUGUGUCUACAACCCAGCCAAGUUUGAGUGGAAGGAGCUGGCUCCCAUGAAAACUGCCCGGUCCCUGUUCGGAGCCACUGUGCACAAGGACAAAAUCUAUGUGGCUGCUGGUGUGACCGACUCCGGCUUGACCAACUCGGUGGAAGUGUAUGACAUUGCCACCAACAAGUGGGACACCUUCACUGAGUUCCCACAGGAGCGCAGCUCGGUCAGCCUGGUGAGCUUGGCUGGAGUGCUCUACCUGCUCGGAGGGUUCGCCACGGUGGAGACGGAGUCGGGAGAGCUGGUGCCAACGGAGCUGAACGAUGUUUGGAGAUAUGACGAAGAGCAGAAGAAGUGGGAAGGGGUUCUCCGGGAGAUCCAGUACGCCUCCGGUGCCACUUUCCUACCUGUGCGCCUCAAUGUUUUGCGCCUAACGAAGAUGUAG